CAGCUUCAUGUGCACGGAGUUGUUUGGGACUGUGUCACGAGGGGUCCAUGCACUGCUAAGAGAAAAUCAAACUGUAAUGGGGCGCUGGUAUUUGAGUCUCCUCACUCGGUGGGGUCGAGUUACACUCAGGCGCAUCAAAAGCAGGUUGGGUCUUGGGAACCUUUUAAUACCCAUCUCCGCCCCGUUUGAAGCGUCAGAGCAGCAGCCCUCCGGGGGAUCCCUGCGCGCAGCCAGUCCGCGCGCUCCUCCAAACUUUACGCACGCAUGUCCUGUGGAACGACUUAAAACCGGAUUUUGAUGCGUUUUAACCGAGUUGCGCCGGUCCACAAACUUGUUCUAUGUACCCGGGCAUCCAAAGGCUUUGAAUUAACACUUUUUUUUUUUUACAAAGUUUCUCAUUCUUUUACUGUUUUUUAUUUAAUUUUUGUUUUUUAUGUGAUUAACCUCAUUCCAGCAGACAGAUGCGGUAAAUAUAGGGACUGAAAAGAUGACCGGUGCCUUAUUGAAGUGCCUCUUGUUGGUGCUCCAUGUCAGCGCGCAAGGGCUCUUGGGAGAGUCCUUGUCGCACCCCCGGGUUGACGAGGGCGAUGAAUCCGAUGACAGCGCCUCAACCCUGGCCUUUGUGUUCGACGUGACCGGCUCUAUGUACGAUGAUCUGAAACAGGUGAUUGAGGGAGCCUCGCGGAUCCUGGAGAAGACUCUCAGCAGAAGAACCAGACCCAUCAAAAACUUUGUCCUGGUUCCCUUCCACGACCCAGAUAUCGGACCCGUAUCCAUCACCACCAACCCACAGAAGUUCCAGCAGGAUCUACGAGAGCUGUUUGUGCAGGGCGGAGGCGAUUGCCCUGAGAUGAGUAUUGGAGCUAUAAAGAAAGCCUUGGAGGUUUCUCUGCCUGAAUCCUUCAUCUAUGUCUUCACCGAUGCCAGGGCCAAAGACUACCGGCUGAAACGAGAAGUUCUGAGGCUGGUGCAGCUUCGUCAGUCACAGGUUGUGUUUGUGUUGACGGGGGACUGCGGGGACCGCUCCCAGCCUGGUUACAGGGCAUAUGAGGAGAUCGCUGCCACCUCGUCUGGACAAAUCUUUCACCUGGACAAGCAGCAGGUUAACGAGGUUUUGAAGUGGGUAGAAGAGACAGUUCAGGCGAUGAAAGUCCACCUGCUGUCUUCCAACCACGACAGUGCCCAGGAAAACAAAUGGGAAGUGCCCUUUGACCCCAGCCUCAGAGAGGUCACAGUGUCACUCAGUGGUCCGGCGCCACAGAUCGAGCUCAGCGAUCCACUUGGUCGGGUGGUCGGUGUGGAUCAGGGCCUCACAGAGCUGUUAAAUAUUCCCAACUCUGCUCGUGUCAUCAACCUUAAGUUUCCCAGACCCGGAUCCUGGAAACUCAAAGCGAGCUGCAGUGGGCGACAUACUCUGAGGGUCACAGGGGUCAGCAGUCUAGACUUUCGGGCUGGUUUUUCUACUGUACCCGUCACUGAGUUCAACCACACUAGAGAAAGACCAAUUAAAGGACUUCCAGCCCAUGUUAUGCUAAAAUGCACAGGCCUGAAGCCUCCAGGUGUUCUCAGCCAGGUAGAGCUGAUGUCAGGCUCAGGUCGCUCCUUACGUACCAUCCCAGUACCUCUGCCCUCUGACCUUGGCCAACAAGGGCUGUGGAUUCUCCCGGAGUUCCGUACCCCUCCACAGAGCUUCUUCAUCAAGGUAACAGGAAAUGACGAGACGGGCUUCCGCUUCCAGAGGCUGUCCACGGUUUCCUACACCAACAUCGUUCCAGAUCUCCCAGUUGUGAGAAUGCCUGAUGUGGUGAGAGGCUUUUACAUGCAGCCAGCUGUGAUUGGCUGCUCCGUGCAGAGCGACAUUCCCUACAGGCUACGGUUCGCCAGAAGUGGGAUCGCACUAGGAGAGGAGAAGCUCUUUCAGAAUUCUGCUGCUGCAUCAUGGGAGAUUGCACAUGCUUCUGGUGAGGAUGAGGGGUCAUAUGAGUGCAUAGCACAGAGCAGCGUAGGGCAAGGACGGGCCUUCACACAGCUCACUGUUCAAGAGCCUCCUCCGGCCUUGAAGCCUGGAGCGAAUGUGACUUCCUCUAUAGGUGGAGUGGCUGUACUUUCCUGUCAGGUGGAGGGCUCCAUGCGCCAUAACCUGACAUGGCAUCGGGCAGGUCGUGCUGUUCGGGCCCGUGCUGGGAGGGUGAGGCUCCUUGCUGACUCGUCCCUGCAGAUCACCGGGGUACAGGCUGAGGACGCCGGCGCGUACCACUGUGUAGCUACCAACACCCAUGGGGACAGCAGAAUCACGGUGUGGCUUCUUGUCCCAGAGGCUCCUUCUGUAGUUGUUCACCCCCAGACCCAGUUGUUCUCCCGAGGGGACGAGAUCCGCUUCGUCUGCUCAGCGUCCGGUUCCCCCCCUCCACAGCUCUUCUGGAGCCGUGGAAACAUGUUUCUGGCUAAUCAGCCGAGGUGGAGUGUAGGCCAGAAUGGAGUUCUGACCAUUAGAGGGGCUCUUCCAGAGGACGCUGGGAACUACACUUGCCUGGCAACCAAUGAGGCUGGGAGUUCCUCUCAGUCUGCAUCACUAACUUAUUCAGAGGUGCCGAGAAUAACGGUGACUCAGCAGGUCGUACUUGUGUCUGUUGGCGGUGAUGCCACUCUAGAGUGCCAGGCAGCAGGUGUUCCUCCUCCUCUUGUCCACUGGCUCAAAGGUGAGCUUGAGGUGGGGUCUGCUCCUUUUGUGGAGCAGGAUGAACACAGGGGUACAUUAAAAAUUCGAGGGGUGCAGGAGCUUGAUGCCGGCCAGUAUACCUGUGUUGCAAGAAGCUCUGCUGGAUCCUCCAGUGGCACUAUCAGUCUGGAGGUUGGAGCGAGCCCGUUGUUUUUGGAGGCACCAGUUGACGUGACAGCUAAUGUUGGGGAGAAUAUCACUCUCCGCUGCAUCGCCCGAGGAUUCCCGCAACCAACUGUGACCUGGCACAGAAAGGACGGCAGACAGAUUCCUGCAAGGACAGAAAUCCACACCAAGACAACAGAGAGAGAGAGAGGAGAGCUUUUGAUUCAGAAUGUCUGGCUGCACGAUGAAGGGGUUUACAUCUGUGAGGCCAAAAACCAGUUUGGAGCCAUCAAAGCUGAAGCCAGAGUUAGUGUUACUGGACUGGAGCCUCCUGUCUUGGCCCAAGCUGCUCCGAUCAUCACCACUGGCAUCGGUCAGUCCAUCAGCAUUCCCUGCAUGCUGCUGGAUGGCAUACCUCUUCCAGAAAGACACUGGUCCAAAAACGGAAGACCCGUUCAGCUCAGUGGGAGAACGUUUUUACGGAGCGAUGGUAGCUUGUACAUUGAAAGAGCCACCAUAGAAGACACAGGGACUUAUGUUUGCACUGCGGUGAAUGUAGCAGGCUCCACAAACAUCACAGUCAGCGUGGAGAUCCAGGUCCCCCCACAGAUCAGUCCUGGUCCGUAUCACUACAUAGCCAAUGAGGGCACAGACACAUCGCUGUCGUGUGAGGCCAGUGGAGUUCCCAAGCCAGAUGUUGUUUGGUCCAAGGGUAGGCAGCCUCUGUCCAGGGACCGCUCCUCUGUUCAGUCCGACUCAGGUGAAUUCCUCCAUAUUUCCCGACCUACAGCUGACGAUGCAGGGAUCUACAUCUGCACUGCCACCAGUCCUGUGGGCUACGCUAGUCGGGAGAUCCAGCUCAGUGUCAACACAAUUCCAAAGAUAAUGGGCAUGAGUGGUGAUGACAGCAUAGUAGAGAUGGCUGCAGAGGUAGGGACAGAGGUUGUUCUUCCCUGUGAGACCCAAGGAAGUCCUUCUCCAUUGGUCACAUGGAGCAGAAACGGGCAUCCCAUCCCCCCCGUCACAGCUGGCUUUACUGUUUUGCCUUCAGGCUCUCUGAGAAUCACUGAUGUGCGUCUGAUUGAUAGUAAACUGUACACCUGCACUGCAGAAAACCCAGCAGGCAACGUGUCCCUGAGCUACAGUCUACAUGUUCAAGCGAAGCCCAGGAUCCAGCCAGCACCCUCCGUCCUGAAAGCUCUGCUCGGCCAAGUCGUGACUCUGCCGUGCGUGGUCCAGGGAGAGCCCAGACCAGAGAUCAGCUGGUUUCACGAUGGACACCCUGUCGGCCAAAAGAACUCCUCUCCCCUAAAGAUCCAACGGGUCAGCCUCGCAGACCAGGGCACCUACCGAUGCGUGGCCAAGAACAGCGCUGGAUCGACCACGUUGAAGAUUAAGUUGGAAAUUCUUGAGGCGCCAUCUUUUGCAGAGCCUGGAGAUGCCAUCAUGGAGAGAGUGGUGAACAGCAAGGUUGUUAUCCCCUGCCGAGCUGAAGGUUCACCUCGUCCCAAGGUACGCUGGUUCAAGAAUGGCUUGGAAGUACACCCUGAACAAUCAGAGUUUUCUGUGGCGAGGGAUGGAGCUCUUGUAAUUAGCACAGCAUCUGCCAGCCACAGCGGAGACUUCAAAUGUGUGGCAACCAAUGAGGCAGGCUCUGUAGAGAGAAAGACUAGGCUGAAAGUAAAUGUCCCACCAGAGAUCACAGAUGAUGGCCAGCCACUUGAUCUCACUGUCACCCUGAAGCAGCCGCUCACUCUGGGCUGCGACGCCUUUGGCAUCCCAUCUCCAUCAAUAACCUGGACUAAAGAUGGUCAUCCGGUGGACAGCCCGGGGGUGUACCUGCAGAACGCAAACAGGAUGCUCAGAAUCUACAGAGUUCAGCCUGACCACGCAGGACGGUUUGCGUGUUCUGCUCAGAACUCAGCAGGAGAGGCAAGGAGGGAAUAUAACAUAGUGGUGCAAGCUCCACCGGUGAUCUCAGGAACGUCUCAACUGCAGGAACUAACUGUGGUUCAGGGCCAGGAGGUGGAGUUCCAGUGUCGAGUUAGUGGACGACCAGCACCCAAAGUGGAAUGGAGCCGCGAUGGAGAGGUUCUGUCUCGUGAUGGAGACCCACAUGUGGAGUUUCUGGAAGACGGUCAGGUGUUGAAGGUGAAGUCAGUAAGACUGAGGGACCAGGGGCUUUACCAGUGUCUGGCCAGGAAUGCUGCAGGAACUCAGAUGCGCCAGUUCAGACUCACGGUUCAAGCUCCCCCUGUCAUCAAGGGAGUGAAUGAGACCUCGGAGGUGACAGUGGUGCUGGGAUUCCCCUCAGUCCUCCCCUGCAAUGCUGAGGGCUCACCUACACCCAGCAUCACCUGGCUGAAGGACAGCCAGCCCCUCGUGUCCACACCCCAGCUGACUUACACUAACGGAGGACGGGCUCUGCGUCUCAGUUCAGCACACGGAGGCAGCAGUGGCUUUUACACGUGCAGAGCAACGAAUCCAGCCGGCACAGCCGUUAAACACUACUCUCUCAGUGUACUGGUGCCACCACAGAUAGAAGGGCAAUCCUCAUCCUUUCUGUUUGCUGGACAGGAAGAGAAAGUGAAAAUCAAUGGGAGUUUAACUCUGUCCUGUUUGGCUAAAGGUUUUCCUCAGCCCAAAAUUCACUGGUUCAAAGAUGGACAGCUACUGAGUGAAAACUACCAUGCUGGCAUCCAGGAAAGUGAUCAUCUCCUUCACAUAGAGAAUGCUUUACUGUCCCAUGAGGGACAAUACACCUGUGUGGUCACCAACGCUGCAGGAGAGGACAAGAAAGACUUUCAAGUAACAAUUCAAGUUCCGCCAAUCUUCCAACGAGUGUCUAACAGCGAAGCAGCCUGGGGUCUCGGACAUGAGGGAGACAAUGAGGACAUGGUGGAUAAGCGGGAGGUUGUUUUAGGUCAUUCAGUCAGCCUGUCCUGUGAGAAUAAUGCCAUCCCGACCCCAAAACUCAGUUGGUACAAGGAUGGACGAAAACUCACCUCCACUGAUGGAGUGGUGCUGAUUCCAGGAGGGCAGGUGCUGCAGAUCUCUCGAGUGCAACAAGAAGAUGCUGGGAGGUACACAUGCCAGGCUGUUAAUGAGGCAGGGGAGGACCACAUGCAUUUUGAGCUGGAGAUCCUCGUCCCUCCUGUGAUUACGGGAGAAUCAGAGGAGUUUAUGGAGGAGAUGGGAGCAGUGGUCAACAGCACUGUGGUUCUGCACUGUGACGUGACUGGGCAUCCAGCUCCCAUCGUCUCUUGGCUGAGAGAUGGGAAGCCAGUGCACUCAGACUCACAGCACCACGUCAGUGAGGAUGGGUCACGACUUCAGCUCCUCAGUGUUCAGGUUUCAGACAUGGCUGGAUACUCUUGUGUGGCUGAGAAUAAGGUUGGAAAUGCAGAGAAGCAUUUCAGUUUGAUGGUUCAAGUACCUCCUAGAAUAACCGGGCCAAAGGAAGAGGAGGUGAGUGUGAUUGAGGGCCACAUGGUGUCGUUGCUGUGUGAAGUCCAAGCGUACCCUCCUCCAGAGAUCACCUGGACCAGAGAUGGGCAGAUCCUCCAUUUCAGCACUUCCAUCCACAUUCUGCCAGGUGGCCAGAUGUUACAGUUGCCUCAGGCACGACUGGAAGAUACAGGACAAUAUGUGUGCACAGCUGGCAACUCAGCAGGACAGGACCAGAAGAGCUUUCUUCUCAGCGUUUCUGUCCCACCCUCCCUGAAACCCAGGCAUGAUGCUGACACAAACACAGUGACCUCCCAAGUUGGCUCCUCAAUCACAUUGCAAUGUGAAGCCCGUGGUGUUCCUGAGCCAGAGGUCACAUGGUACAAGAAUGGGCUGCAACUGGCUUCAGGAAAUGGGCUGAAGAUAAAUGGACACCAACUGGAGAUCAUAGGAGCUCAGACUGCAGAUGGUGGUACUUACACUUGCAAAGUGUCCAAUGUAGCUGGACAGGUGGACAGGACAUUCAGGCUGAUGGUUCAUGUACCACCGGUGCUUGACGGUCCUUUGCGGCAGACGAUAAAUUACACCCUUGGCUCCCAUGUGACCCUGUUGUGUGAGGCCACAGGAGUACCUGUCCCCAGCAUUACCUGGCUCAAAGACGGAACUUCUAUAGAGAGCAGUCUACAGUGGCAGUGGUCUGUUCGAGGUAACAAGCUGGAACUGGGCCCCCUAACGCUGUCUCACGCUGGAAGAUACACAUGCGUGGCCAAAAACAGCGAGGGCCAAACCCACAAAGACUACACACUCACAGUGCAAGUAUCGCCCACCAUCCUGAACUCUGACCAUGCAUCUGAUGUGAGUGCACCCAUGGGAGAUGAGCUGACCCUGGAGUGCAGAGCAAAUGGAAUCCCUACACCCCGCCUCAGCUGGCUGAAAGAUGGAGUGUCUUUAGAGGGAUCAGACGCCCAUCACAUCUCUGUGACCCCUGAUGGGAGCACACUAACCUUAAUGAAGCUGGCCCCCGAGGAUUCUGGGACAUACAUGUGCUUGGCCAUCAACUCAGCUGGCCAGGAGAGCAAACUCUAUUCCCUUGUUGUAUUAGUUCCACCAUCAAUCUCUGGUGAGACCACGAUCCCCAGAGAGAUACAGGUCACCCAGGACAGCGUGGUGACGCUGGAGUGUCAGGCAGCAGGAAACCCUCCACCUCAGAUCAGCUGGUUGAUGAACGGCCAUCCUCUGCUUCUCUCUCCUCGUGCACGCCUCCUCUCUGGUGACUCAUUACUGAGGAUUGCGCCUGUGCAGCUGUCUGAUUCUGGAGUUUACACAUGUGUGGCUCGCAGUCAAGCCGGUCUGGCUGAGCUCAGUUAUGAUGUGCAAGUCCAAGUGCCCCCUGGAGUGGAUCGUUUUGAACCAGUGGAACCAGUUACAGUGGUCCAGGGAUCCUUAGUGACAUUAACUUGUGAGGCGCGUGGAGUUCCUCCUCCCACUCUGACCUGGAUGAAGGAUGGCCAACCAUUGUCUCUUCAUCGCAACCUGUUGCUGGAUGGGGAGGAGACACGUUUGCAGCUGCCUGACGUGGCUACCUCAGAUGAAGGCCUCUACAGCUGCAUGGCCAGUAACCAGGCUGGAAGCAGCACCAAGAGCUUUAACCUCACUGUUCUCGUGCCUCCAAAGAUAUCCUACUCUGGCUCGCCAGAGGAGCUGACCAUAGCAGUAAAUAGUCCACUUGAGCUGGAGUGCUCCGCUGUGGGAAUCCCGACUCCCAAACUCAGCUGGCUGAAAGACGGCCACCCCCUAGACGGAACGGAUAUCAUUCAGCAGGAUGGACACGCUGUCAGGAUCAGUAAAGUUCAGGUAGAGGAUGCAGGUCUGUACACCUGCCUGGCCAGCAGCCUCGCUGGAGAAGAUGGAAGAAGUCACUGGGUCCGAGUGCAAGUCCCACCGACGCUGCUCAGCUCUGCUGAUGUGAAAACUCUGACUGUUCCAGUUAGUGGACACCUGACCUUAGAGUGCUUGACUGACAGUGACCCCCCUCCUGAUAUUGAAUGGUACAAGGAUGAGGCCAAAGUGCAGCUGAAUGGUCGAAUCCAACACCUGGCAGGAGGUCAGUACCUGGAGAUCCAGGAAGUCCAGCCUGAGGACAGCGGUCAUUAUAGCUGUGUGGUCACCAACAUGGCUGGAAGCACAAGCCUUUUCUUCAUGGUGGAAAUUCUGUUGCCUCCAGUAAUAAAGCAGAGCAGUUCCAUCGUAUCUGUUGCUGUUGGCCAGGAUGCAGUUUUACCUUGUGAGGUUGAAGGUGACUCCUCAGCUGCAGUCAUGUGGAGGAAAGAUGGCUUCCCUCUCCCUAAAAACAACAACAAGUACACAUUGCUGUCAGAAGGUUCCUUGCAAAUACGUGGAACCCAACCAAAUGAUGCCGGUCGCUACUACUGCACAGCGACCAACCAGGCUGGUUCUGAUCACCGAGGAAUGGAUCUUCGUGUUUUUGUGGGUCCUUCAAUCGGACCAGGUCCAUUCAACGUGACUGCCACCACUGGGAUCAGAGCUGUGCUGAGCUGUGAGACAACAGGUAUACCAUCACCUAAAGUGUCCUGGAAGAGGAAUGGGACUCCACUUGAUGUUAGCCAACAGCCUGGUGCAUAUAGGUUACUGUCUUCUGGAUCUCUUGUUCUUCUGUCUCCAUCCAAAGAGGAUGAAGGUUAUUUUGAGUGCACAGCAGUUAAUGAUGUUGGAGAGGAGCGCAGGGUUAUAGAAGUCAUCCUGCAUGUGCCCCCAUCUAUUGAGGAUGAUGUCACUGCAGUAAAGGCUGUGAAAAUGUCCCCUGUGGUGUUGCCUUGUCAUGUACACGGACACCCUCAGCCUACGGUCACUUGGUCAAAGGGUGGAGCCAAACUGGUCAUGAGAGGAGGAAGCUAUCGUGUCCUUCCUACUGGGGUUUUGGAGAUCAUUGCUGCCUUGCCAAGUCACGCUGGCAGAUACACAUGUUCAGCCCAUAACCCAGCUGGAGUGGCUCACAAACACAUAACUCUCACAGUACACGAGCCCCCAGAGAUCAGGCCAGCGGCUGAGGAAGUGCAUGUGGUGUUGCAUCAUGGAACUGUGCUUCUCUGUGAGGUUCAGGGCUUCCCCAGACCAACAAUCACCUGGCAAAGAGAAGGAGUUCCUAUAGCAGCAGAUCACAGGCUGGCUGUGCUCUCAAAUGGCGCUCUGAAGUUUUCUCGAGUGACACUCGGCGAUGCUGGAACCUACCAGUGCCUUGCGAAGAACGACGCUGGUGUAGCCAUAGCAAAAACCAAGCUAGUCCUUCAAGUUCCACCCGUGCUGAGUGUACCUCGAGUUGACUAUACCGCUGUCAUUGGCCAGCCAGUCAGUCUGGAGUGUGUGGCUGAUGGGCAGCCUCAACCUGAAGUUUCUUGGCAGAAAGAACGGAGGCUGGUGGUUGAUGGUGCUCAUAUUCGUGUCUUUUCCAAUGGAACUCUGGCCAUUCUUUCCACACAGCGCAGUGAUGCAGGGCUUUACACAUGUACAGCUAAAAACCUGGCAGGAAGGGCCAGCCAUGAUAUGAGGCUGCAUGUUCAAGUCCCUCCCCUGAUCUCUCCUACACAGACAGAGCUGUCAGUCAUCCAGGGCUUUCAGGCACUCCUACCCUGUGCAGCUCAGGGUUCUCCAGAACCUAGAGUGUCAUGGGAGAAGAAUGGUAUCAUCAUACCCAACCUUCCUGGCAAAUUCACAGUCCUACGAUCUGGAGAACUGAUUAUAGAGAGAGCUGAGUCUGGAGAUGCUGGUGUGUUCACAUGUGUAGCCACAAACCUUGCAGGGUCAGUAAGGCGAGAUGUUCAUCUGUCAAUCAACACAAGGCCUGCCUUCAAAGAGCUGCCAGGUGAUGUAAUCCUCAAUAAAGGGCAGAAUCUGGCCUUAUCCUGCCAUGCUCAGGGAUCACCACCUCCUACCAUCUCCUGGACUGUCAAUAACAGACUUUUUAAAGGAGCAACUGUUGAUGAGAGUGGUAGGAGCUCUGUCAUCAUUGAGAAUGUGACAAUGAGUGAUGCUGGGACCUACGUGUGCUUAGCAGAAAACAAUGUGGGCUCCAUCAGAGCACUCUCAUUUAUUCGUAUAAGAGAGCCUCCGGUGUUGAAGGGCGAAGCCCACAUGUCUCAGACAGUCAUCCAGGGUGGCUCUGCGAUGCUUGACUGUCCAGUCCAGGGUGACCCCAGCCCCGUUCUCCGCUGGUUACGAAACGGAAAGCCCUUAAUUCGCCUUCUCCGAAUGCAAACACUCCACAAUGGAUCCUUGGUUAUUUACAGCAUUACCACUUCAGAUGAAGGAGAAUAUCAGUGUGUGGCUGAGAGUGAGGCUGGGACAGCUGAGAGGACCAUUACUCUUAAGGUUCAGAUUAAUGGAGGCUACUCUAACUGGGAGGACUGGGGUCCAUGUAGUAGCACUUGUGGACAAGGUGUCCAAGAACGAAUCAGAUUGUGUAACAACCCAGAACCAGCAAACGGCGGGCGCUCCUGCAGUGGUCCGAGCACUGACUCAAGGAAAUGUCAGACUGGGCUCUGUCCAGGCGAGGUUCCUCGUAAGACCAGAGGCAGCCUGAUAGGAAUGGUGAAUGACAGAGAGUUUGGUGUUUCCUUGCUGGAGGCCAACAUCACAGAUGACAUGGACAAGGGUAGCAGCACUCUGCAGGCUCACCUGGAUAACAUCCCCCCGACUGUGGGUCCCUUGUUGCGGGUUCUGGUGUCUGUGUUCACUCCCAUCUACUGGACCACUGUGCUCCAGAGCGACGCCACCAGAAACGGCUACUCCUUCACACAAGGCCAGUUCAGACAGGAGUCUCAGCUGGAGUUUGAAACUGGUGAAAUCCUCCGUUUGACCCACAUUGCCAGAGGCCUGGAUUCUGAGGGAGUUCUGCUAAUUGACAUCGUAAUUAACGGAUUUAUUCCUGCAUCACUAGCAUCAUCUCAUCUGAGCCUCCAGGAGUUUGAUGAGUCAUAUGUGCAGACCGGCCGAGGGCAGCUGUACUCGUGGUCUUCGCAGGCUCAUCAGAGGGGAGGAAGGCCCCUGGUGCUGCGUUGUAAUCACACUGUCGUUUAUGAGGGUCAGGAGAAGCGCCAGGGCCCACUGCUACAGCUGCUAAAAGUCUCCAGGAUGAACAGCAUCUACAAUAUGUUUACUCUUACUUUGGACUUCCAUAUCACCACAAACCUUCUCAUACCAGAUGGUUAUGAAGACACAUGCCCAAAAGGCUUCGUUCUUGACACAACCUCCUACUGUGCUGAUGAAGAUGAGUGUGCACUGCAGUCCCCCUGCUCUCAUUCAUGUAACAACAUUAUGGGAGGAUUUUCCUGCUCUUGCCCUUCUGGGUUCACCAUUUCUGCAGAGACCAACACAUGCCAUGAUAUUGACGAGUGCUCCCAAGGCUCCCAGAUGUGUCUCUUCAACCAGAAGUGUAUAAACACAGUGGGUACAUACCACUGCCAGGCCAAGUGUGCUCCAGGAUUCAAGUCCAGCACCACAGGAACCAUUUGUGAAGAUGUAGAUGAGUGUAAGGAGUCCACCGUCUCUCCGUGCCAUCACCAGUGUCUCAAUACUCUUGGUUCUUACCGCUGUGUCUGCCAUCCUGGAUAUCAGCUGUCAGGGCAUCGCUGCAUCGACAUCAAUGAGUGCAUGAGGAGCGUCUGCCCAGCUCACCAGCAAUGCCGCAACACAGACGGAGGAUACCAGUGUUUUGACAGCUGCCCUCCUGGGAUGACCACAGCAGAAAAUGGAGACUGUGUGGACAUUGAUGAGUGCCAUGAUGGAAGCCACAUGUGUCGCUACACUCAGACCUGUCAGAACACAGUUGGAGGAUAUGGUUGUGUUUGUCCCAGAGGAUACAGAACCCAGGGGGUUGGGUUGCCAUGUCUGGACAUUGAUGAAUGUCUGCAAACACCUAACCCCUGUGCGCACCAGUGUCGUAACGUGCCCGGCAGCUUCAGGUGCCUGUGCCCUCCGGGGACUGUGCUGCUUGGGGAUGGCCGCUCCUGUGCAGGACUAGAGAGAGGACAGACCUUCACCAAUGGUACUAGAGUCAGAACAAGAUUCCGUCCACAGCUGGUUUCAUCCCUUGGCAGGCCAAUCCUGUCCCGUUCUAACGGAGUGUCUCGCAUCACCAGACAGAGCUGUCCUGUGGGCUAUACCAACAGAGACGGCACGUGCGUUGAUGUAGAUGAGUGUUUACUGAGGAAGCCGUGCCAACAUGAAUGCACAAACACACAUGGCAGCUUUAAGUGUCUGUGCCCUUCAGGAUACAAGCUUCUACCCAAUGGCAGAAGCUGUAAAGAUAUUGAUGAGUGUGUUGAACAGGGCAUUCAGUGUGGACACAAUCAGAUGUGUUUUAACACCAGAGGGGGGUACCAGUGUCUGGACACACCCUGCCCUGCAUCCUAUCAAACAGGCGCAAGUCCUGGAACUUGCUAUAGGCCCUGCUCUCGGGACUGCGCUACAGAAGGCUCCAGUCUGAUUCUGCAGUACAAACUCCUCACACUUCCUUCCGGCAUACCAGCCAAUCACAACGUGGUACGACUAUCAGCAUUCUCAGAGUCCGGCAUCCUGCAGGAGCGCACCUCCUUUACAAUACUUGAGCAAGAAUCAGAGACGGGUACAAUGGGCCAGGUGUUCGGCAUCAGAGAUGAGGCUGGCAGGGGAAUCAUCUUUACUCUGAGGGUUCUGGAUAGACCAGGACUCAUACGGCUGAAGGUGCAGGCCACAACUAUCUCACUACAGGGUCGAAUCACAUACCAGAGCAUCUUCAUCAUCUACGUAUCUGUCUCAGCGUUCCCCUACUGAGACUACACAAAGAAAUAUAACUCUGUCCAUUGUGACUAAAAUGAAAACAGUCCAGUAAAAAAAAUGUUUGAAUGUCUCAACCAGUUGAUUUCAAAUGAUCCAGUGUUGAAGACCUCUCAAAAUACAAACUUACCAUUUGCCUGCUUUUGAAAAUAUAAGAGCAACAUGGGAGUCUGUUUUGGAAACCAGACAAUAAAAUAUUUAGUGUAAAUCAAGGACUUUGAUGUAUUUUUCUGAAUGUUUAGCAAUCAGCCAUUUUUGUGAGUUUAUUCAAGUGUUGAAUAUCUAAUUUGGAAUAUUUUUAUGUAAAACUCUUCAGACCCGGCACUUGGAAAUGCAGUACAAGUCAGAUGUUUCCACAGCUUUUAAAUGUACAAUAUUUCUCCUGUUAUUUAUUUAAGUCAUUUGAACACAUCACUGAUUACCAAGCUUUUAUCACAUGGUGGUGUGGUACAGUGACUUAUGGCUGUGUAGCUGAAGGGCUCACAGUCAAUCUGUUGUGUUUUUGUACUUUUAUAACACUUUCUGUAGAUUACUUGUCAAAGGUGCUACUUUGAAUGUACUUCAGUGUUGGACCUGUGUACUGGAGUUGAAAUAAAACAAAUUAUUUUUUA